AUAUAAUUUAAUAAUUAAUAUGUCCGAUUCUGAUGAAUCGAUAGACUCGGUUGAAUUGGAGCAUUAAAUGCUAAUUGAUGAAUUCAAAGAUUUAUUGAAAGAAUAUAAUGAAUUAAAAUAACAAAAUUAAGUGAAACCUAAAAAAUAAGAAAUUUCAAUGGAGAAUUUUGAAAUUUAAUGGAAGCAAUUAUUAGAAACUAAAAAGUCAUUAGAAGAUAAGAUAGGUUAAAUACAUUGUUAAUCUUAAGAGAAAUAAGAGUAUUAUUUUAAUGAUAAUUAGAGAAUUAGAAGAUUAUUAAGAUAAAUUGUUAAUAGUAAAAGAAUAAAUUUUUAAACAGAAUAAAGAAUUAUAAGAGAAAGAAUAAUUAGUAAAAUUAUUGUAAAAAUAACUAAAAGAUAUGUGA